UGCAAUAACCACGUUCUUCCUCACCCCCAACCCCCCCAAAAAAAAGAUGUCGGAGGCGUUUGUGCCCUGUCACAACAGAGGGGCCGGGUCUGGCCAGCCCAGGCGAAGAUGAUUUGAUCCGAAGAAAUCAAAAUUCAGCCCCGAGGAAGCCGUGACUCAGAUUUGCCAGGCUGCGCUUCCAUCCACCGCGCUGCCCGCCUGCGGCUGCGGUGGGCGGCGGGAGGAGAGGUUGCCAUAGAGGGUCUGAGCGCCGCCAGAUCCCCACGGCUUCGCCUCUACUCUCGCCUCGAAUCCCCAGGGAGGGGAACGGCGGGGGCCGGCAGCUCGUACCCCCUCCCACCCCCCCGUUAGCCACGGUCGCCUCCGCAGUCACGGGAGCAGCUUCAAGCCGGCAGCACCGGCACGGGAACCCCGCUCCCGAGGGAGCUCCCCGCAAGCGUGGGCAGCCCGGGGGAGGCAUCGCCCUCCCUUUGGCUUCGCUAAUAAGCGACGGCGAGGGGUGAGCCCCCCACCCUCCCGCUGGCGUGUCCCCCCCACCCCCAGCUCCUCGUUUGCCGUAGCACAGCCCUCCCUGCCACCUCCCUUCCCCGGGCUGUUGCAAUGGACUCUCCCAAUGCUCAGUGUGUGUGUCGGAGGCUGCGGCGUUAACGCUGGGUCUGGUACCCGCGAGCUGUUUUCUUGCCGUAUCCCUGCCGGAGCAUCCUUCCUCGCAGCGCGGGAGGCAGACGCCGAGAGGAAGGCUGGCGCAGAGCGAGGGCUGACACAGGUCCGGGCCAGCCUCUGGGGUCUCCCCGUGUCCCCUCCCAGCCGGUGCCACGCGGAUGGGUAGCGCUGUCACCCGUGUCCCCGCGUCCCACCGUGGUCCCCGGGUGUGAGGGAGCCGCCCCCGACACAGAGCCCCCCCCCCCAUCCCGGUGUCCCGGCCGAUCCCACCGGCACCAUGGAUGAGAGCUUCCGAGACCGGACGGCGUUCAUCCGCGGCGCCAAGGACAUCGCCAAGGAGGUGAAGAAACACGCGGCCAAGAAGGUGAGCAAGGGCAUGGACCGCAUGCAGGACGAGUACACCAAGCGCUCCUACUCCCGCUUCGAGGAAGAGGAGGAUGAUGAAGACUACCCGCCCCAGGACGGCUACUACCGGGGGGGCGAGGGGGCCAACGAAGAGGAGGGGGCUUCCAGCGAUGCCACCGAGGGUCACGACGAGGAGGACGAGAUCUACGAGGGCGAGUACCAGGGGAUCCCCCGGCACGACUCGCUGAAAACCGGGGAGCGGCUGGGGGCCGAGGCGGCCGUCGGCGCCUUCGAUGACAGCGAGGGACAGCGGCGGAAGGACAAGGAGGAGCUGGCGCAGCAGUACGAGCUCAUCCUGCAGGAGUGCGGCCACGGCCGCUUCCAGUGGACCCUCUACUUCGUCCUGGGACUGGCCCUCAUGGCCGACGGCGUGGAGGUCUUCGUGGUGGGCUUCGUCCUGCCCAGCGCCGAGAAGGACAUGUGCCUCUCCGACUCCAACAAGGGCAUGCUGGGGCUCAUCGUGUACCUGGGCAUGAUGGUGGGCGCCUUCCUGUGGGGCGGGCUGGCCGACCGCCUGGGCCGAAGGCAGUGCCUCCUCAUCUCCCUCUCCGUCAACAGCGUCUUCGCCUUCUUCUCCUCCUUCGUCCAAGGCUACGGCACCUUCCUCUUCUGCCGCCUCCUCUCGGGCGUGGGCAUCGGCGGCUCCAUCCCCAUCGUCUUCUCCUACUUCUCGGAGUUCUUGGCGCAGGAGAAGCGUGGGGAGCACCUGAGCUGGCUCUGCAUGUUCUGGAUGAUCGGGGGCAUCUACGCCUCCGCCAUGGCUUGGGCCAUCAUCCCCCACUACGGCUGGAGCUUCCAGAUGGGCUCAGCGUACCAGUUCCACAGCUGGAGGGUCUUCGUCCUGGUCUGCGCCUUCCCCUCGGUCUUCGCCAUCGGGGCGCUCACCACCAUGCCCGAGAGCCCCCGCUUCUUCCUGGAGAACGGCAAGCACGAUGAGGCCUGGAUGGUGCUGAAGCAGGUCCACGACACCAACAUGAGGGCCAAGGGCCACCCUGAAAGGGUCUUCUCGGUCACCCACAUCAAGACCAUCAAGCGGGAGGACGAACUCAUCGAGAUCCAGUCAGACACUGGCACGUGGUACCGGCGCUGGCUCGUCCGAUUCCUCAACCUCUCGCAGCAGGUCUGGAGCAACUUCCAGCAGUGCUUCGCGCCCGAGUACCGCCGCGUCACGCUGAUGAUGAUGGCCGUGUGGUUCACCAUGUCCUUCAGCUACUACGGGCUGACAGUCUGGUUCCCGGACAUGAUAAAGCACCUGCAGAACAUCGAAUACGCCUCGCGCACCAAGCUCUUCACCCGCGAGAAGGUCCGGCACUUCACCUUCAACUUCACCCUGGAGAACCAGAUCCACCAGGGCGGGGAGUACUUCAACGACAAGUUCAUCGGCCUGAAGAUGAAGUCGGUGACGUUCGAGGACUCGCUCUUCGAGGAGUGCUACUUCGAGGACAUCACCUCCAGCAACACCUUCUUCAAGAACUGCACCUUCAUCUCCACCGUCUUCUACAACACAGAUCUCUUUGAGUACAAGUUCAUCAACAGCCGGGUGGUGAACAGCACCUUCCUGCACAACAAGGAGGGCUGCCAGCUGGACUUCAGCGACGACAACAACGCCUACAUGAUCUACUUCGUCAGCUUCUUGGGCACCUUGGCCGUCCUCCCCGGGAACAUCGUCUCCGCCCUCCUCAUGGACAAGAUCGGCCGCCUCCGCAUGCUGGCCGGCUCCAGCGUCAUGUCCUGCGUCAGCUGCUUCUUCCUCUCCUUCGGCAACAGCGAGUCGGCCAUGAUCGCGCUGCUCUGCCUCUUCGGCGGCGUCAGCAUCGCCUCCUGGAACGCCCUCGACGUGCUCACCGUGGAGCUCUACCCCUCCGACAAGAGGACGACGGCCUUCGGCUUCCUCAACGCCCUGUGCAAGCUGGCGGCCGUGCUGGGCAUCAGCAUCUUCACGUCCUUCGUGGGCAUCACCAAGGCGGUGCCCAUCCUCCUGGCCUCGGCCGCCCUGGCCCUCGGCAGCUCCCUCGCCUUGAAACUGCCGGAAACGCGGGGGCAAGUCUUGCAGUGAAAUGGGGGGGGGGACUGGGGGCGAGGGACCCCCCCUCCCGCUCCCUACACCCCCCCCGAAUCCCCGCUCCCCUCCCUCCCCCCCCACCCCCCCGGGGGAUUAGUCUCGUUAGACACUGUGAAACGUCUUCUUGGAGCAUUUGGGAUCUUUUUCAUUUGCACUUGGCCCCCCCAAACCCCCCACCCCCACCCCACCCCCCAACCCCCCCCAUUUCUUUUCUCGGUGUCAUCCCCUCUGUGAAUAGCUGCUCGCUCCUGGGGGGCUGCGGGGGGGCUGAGGGUGGGGGCGCGGGGGUGCCUCGGCCUUGCGGGGGUGUGGGACAGCCCCUGUGACCCCCCGCCCCCCCCCGCCAACACCCCUGCUGGGCCGGGAGGAGGAGGAAGGAGGCUGAAGGCUCCGACCUCAGCCCCGUGGCGGGGAUGGGGCCGCGGUGGCUCCGUGCCUCAGUUUCCCCACCCGGAAGGUCAGCGUCGGGCGUGGGGCUGGGAGGUGAAGGGGGGGGUCUCAGCUGCAUCCCCCCCACCCCCAGGAUUGGGGGUACCUUGGAGUGCACAGCCCCUUUGGGGUGCAAGGCCCCUUGGGGUGCACGGCACACCAGGGUGCAUUGCCUGGCGGGGUGCAAAUCCCUUAUGCUGGGGUGCACGGCAUAUUGGGGUGCAGGGCAAGUUGGGGUGCACAGCCCUCUGGGGUGCACAGCACACGAGGGUGCAUUGCCCGGCGGGGUGCAAAUCCCUUAUGCUGGGGUGCACGGCAUAUUGGGGUGCAGGGCAAGUUGGGGUGCACAGCCCUUUGGGGUGCACGGCCCCUGAGCAUGCCCAACGCCUCGGGGUGCACGGCACACAAGGGUGCAUUGCCCGGCGGGGUGCAAAUCCCUUAUGCUGGGGUGCACGGCAUUUUUGGGGUGCAAAAUCUGCCGGGGUGCACCACGCCUCCUGCUGCAGAGCCCCGCGGGGGCUGCACGGCAUUUUAGGGCACCCACCACCUUAAAACACACGGCCCCUUGGGGCGCACAGUUUGGGGUGCACGGCGCCUCAGCUUGUGUGGGUUUUUAGGGUGCACGAUGCCUCGGGGUGCAGAGCUCCUUGGGGUGCCCGGCGCUUUGGGGUGCAGCGCCCCUUGUUGAGCACAGCACCCCACAGCACCUCGGGGUGCAGCAGCCCCCGACUGAUGCCCCAGCCCUUCAUCUAAUUUCGGGGUGCAGUGGGGCCCCCCCCCACACCAGGCACUGCCCUGCCGUGUCACCCAUGGGUGCUGCGGGCCUUUAUGCCUCCCCACAUGGGUGCAUGGGGCGGGGGGGGGGAGCACUGCCCCAGCCCCUCCCCAGAUGUGCGGGGGGAACGGACACACAGCUGCAUUUUGGGGGUGCAGUGGGGAGGAGACGGGGACGCCUCCGCUCCCAAAACUGCCACUUUUUCCUUUUUUUUUAAACCCAUUUUUAAAGACUUUUCUUUCUUAUGGGUGCUGGGAGGGGCGCGGGGGGGGCGCGGGGUGCUCCCUGCACCCCCUUUUCCUCCCCGCACCCCGUUCCCCCCCCCCCAGCCCAGAGCACAAAACCACCAGCGGUUUGCAAAGCACAAAGCGGCGCCUGGAUCCAGCGCCAGGACACCUCCCCCCCCCCAAAAAGCGGGGUACGGGGGGGUCCCGGCGCUGUGCCCCCCCCCGGGUGGGUCCCCAGCAAGAGAUGGGAAGUGUUGGUCUAUGCAAAAGCGCUUCAGAGGCCCCCGGCAGCCCCCCAAUAUUUAGGGCAGCCCCCCCCCAGCAUUGCGAGCAGCCCCCCCCCAAGCGAUCAAGCAGCGUGUGCUUCAUCUCCUCCUCCUCCUCCUCCUCCCCCCCCCCCUUCGGUGUAGCUGGUCCUUGGGGGAGCACCCCAGUAGUUCUGUCCGUACGCAGUCGUGCCGUGCUGUAGUUUUUAGAUGUUUGUAAAUUAAUUAAACAACAACAACAACAAAACACUGGAAAAAAAAA